CUUUAAGGCUUAUGACAUCCCGGUAGACUAUCGGAACUCUAAGAAUGCAUGGAUGACCGCCAACAUUUUCAGAGAAUGGUUUCACCAUUGCUUCGUCCCUCAGGUUCAAAAGUAUUUACUACAGAAAGGAUUACCAGCCAAAGCUAUCCUUUUGCUUGAUAACGCCCCUUGCCAUCCACCAGAAGAUGAACUUAAAACUGCUGAUGGAUCCAUAUUCGUGAUUUAUAUGCCUCCAAAUGUAACGCCUUUAAUUCAGCCUAUGGAUCAAAAUGUGAUUCGCUUAACUAAGUUGUAUUACAAAAAGCAUCUCCUGCUUUUAGCUGUAGGAAAGGAUGACAUCACACAAUUUCUUAAACAUUUAACUUUAAAGGAAGCUGUAUCAUUUUUAAUGCUUGCUUGGAAUCAGCUGCAGGCAAAUGUAAUAGUAAAAUGUUGGAAGCCUUUAUUAGAAUGCUUAAAUACUACAGAAGCAAAUGAAAGCGAGGAUGAAGACGAUGAUAUUCCAUUGAGCUUACUUCGUGAAAAAAUAUUGCAGGAAAAAUGUGAAGAAGUUCAUGAUAUACGGGGUCUGCUGCAAAUUGUAUUACCGGAGGUAAUUUUAUUUACCCUCUUGACAAGCACCUGUUAAUUAAGUUUGUAUGUGAACAUUAUUUGUUUUAGGAAACCUACACUGAACAAGAUAUUGAGAAGUGGAAUUCAAUCCAAGUUGACGAAGAAAUUGAUUUAUAUAAUUAAGCCAUGGAUACUGAAGAAUCUGGUAGUGACAGCCAAGGCGAAGGACAGAUCGGAAAUUCAAUAAAAGCUACUGAAGCCAUUAAAAGCUUCGAUAUAGCUAUCGCAUGGGCUGAAGCUAACACCACUGACUAUGCUGGCAUACUAGUACUGAAAAGUCUACGCGAAAAAGCGGUCCAAAAGUCAAUUUCCGAACACAAACAGCAAACAUCUAUUCAUAAAUUCUUUCAAUAAUAUGUAUGUAUUUUUCCAAAUAUUACUUUAUACAAAUAAUCUGUUUUGUUUAUAUAAAAAACCUGAAUUUAAAGCUAAUAAACCAAGUUAAAACAAAAAAAAAUGUCAACCUUAAUAUAGUGAACAACCUGGAUACUGUGAACAGGCCUUGGAGAAAUUAGUUCACU